AAAAUCACCCGGAAGUAGUCCAGAGAGCUGUUGGCAGUUAGCAGUUAGAAAACAGAGAUCUGAUCAGACGGACAGCAGACAGAGCUGGUUUUAACAUUUUAAUGUUUUAAUAGUUGUUUUUUCGGUGUUUGACUGCUUUACAUUCACGCUAGCAUAUAGCAUUUAAUCCUUCCCGUUAAGGUUCGACUCGGUAAGUUCGCGAUGUUUAUUUAGCAGCUAGUAUUAGCAUUAGCGACCAUAGGAUUCACAUUUACCUCUGUAAGGACGCUAACUGAUGCUAAAUAUUGUAGUUUUUAUACAAUUGAUUAAAACAGUAACGAUUAUGACAAUAACAAAUGAGCGGGGUACACCUGUCUGACACUGAUGCACCUGUGUUAACCUGUGAUGGUGGUGUCGAUGGUGAUGAUGAUAAGGAGGAUGGUAAAAAUGGUGAUGAAGAUGGAGUGUUUUUCACAUAGACAGGCGGAGGAUGGCAGACGGACAGGUGGAGGAGCAGAUCGUGUCUCUGGUGGAUGUUUUGGAGGAAGAUGAAGAGUUGGAGGAAGAGGCUUCAGCUGUGUUGGCAGGGAGUGACUCUGAUCACUGUUCAUAUCCUCAGGUAGCGGCUCAACUGUUUACCUUCAUACACUGUACCUGAGUGUACUGUACAUCUUUAAACAUGUAAUGCAUUAUUCUAACCUGUGUAUGUUUGUGUGUAUUUCAGGGCUACGUGAAGCGUCAGGCUGUGUAUGCCUGUUCCACCUGUACUCCAAGAGGAGGUGAGGCAGCAGGUGUGUGUCUGGCAUGUUCAUACAAAUGUCACGAAGGUCACCACCUCUACGAACUGUACACAAAAAGGUCAGUGCUCAUAUUGUUUUUUAAGGAAAUUUAUUGUAAAGAUACAUGUGUUAAUACAGAGAAAAACAGAGACUGAUGUUUUAAAUUCAAAUUCAACUUUUCAGACAAAUGUAGUUCAAAGUGCCUUAGAGGCUAAAAACAACAAUAACAACAAUAAAACCCAACCCUUCCACCCACACACACACCCAUGGACCCACAUGCACACAAAGACACACACCCACCCUCACUUAUCCACACAUACACACACAACCUCACACAGUGUAAGAAUUUAAGAUAUAUUGUUAGAGAGACAUGGCCUUACACCGAGACAUUACGUGAGGAAAGAGUUACCUCUGGGAAACGCUAGAGAUAAAAAUAGAGAUAAAAAUAGUGAAAAGAAAAAGUAAAACCUGAUGGACUAAAACAAGAAAAUAAUAUUAAAUGAACGGAUGAGUCAAAGCUCUUUACCAUAUAAAAAUUGGGUAAAAGAAGUAAAAACCUGUGACGGCACUUAAGAAAAAGUCUAAGAACAGAAAUAAUUAGUAAAAUGACAUAAAAUAAACAUUAAGAACUUUGAUUAAAAUGAACAUUUGCGAUAAGAGAAAUAUAAGAGGGCAAUUAAUGAAAAGCCUGGUUAAAAAGGUGAGUCUUGAGCCUCUUCUUCAAAUAUCAACAGUCUCUGCAGCCCUGAGGCUCUCCGGCAGGCUGCUCCACAACUGGGGACCAUAAAAACUGAAAGCUGCCUCCCCGUGUGUUUUUGUUUUGACUUUGGUUAAGGCUAAAAGGCCUUUGCUGGAGGACCAUAACUAUGAUUGCAGCCUGCAGCCUGCAGGCAGCAGCAUUUGUUGUUCAAACUAAUAAAGGGUUCCUCUUAUUAAACUAUUUAGUUUUUGUCCACCUGCUGCUGUGGCUGGUGAAUGAAGCUAGUUUACAGUCUGACUCACCCCUCUCUUUAAAUAAUAAAACUGACUUUCUCAUAUUCUUUUCUUUUUCCAGGAACUUCCGCUGUGACUGUGGAAACAAGAAGUUCACAGACCUGCAGUGUAAACUUUUCCCUGUGAGUUCUGAUGUUAAAGGGAUAUUUGAAUAUUUUUGUAGUCGGAUUGAAUGAGUUACAUGUCACUCAGAAAUCUAAUAGCCACAAUGAAUGCCAGUCAGUUCUGCGCCUUUUAAGGGAAGCUGAUGGGAGGACCGGCAUGCAAGCUAGGUGAGGCUACAGUUUUCUGCAGACAUGGCCAAGUUUACUGGUGACCACAUGGAUGCGCUCUGAUGCAUGCAGUGCACUGAGCUUUUUGGGUCUACAGCAUAGACUGUAUAUAGAGUGGACGUCGUCUGCCUCCUCGCUCUGUAAAGCCACUCUGAAAACAGCACACCCUGGUGACGGGCUGCAGUAUAGGUCAUAAAUCUCACCUCCUCCAGCCAUCUUUGGAGCUGUGGACAAACUUUAAAAAAAUUAUUACACAGAAUAUACAUUUUUCUCCCCCCUGGUUGCGAUGUUGACAUGUAGUUACUGUAAGACUGGUUUGUGCUCAAGUCCUCUUUUUUCUGUACAGCUCCAUUUUUAAAUGUUAUUAGGGGGUUCAUGUUUUCUAUGAUUGACACUUGAUACAGCCAAUGGUCGUACGAAGACUGUGUGGCUCACCCAGGGUGUAUGCUGUUUCAGCUGAGCAUCAUCACAGCAACUCUCCCACCGUAUACACACAGUGCUACUGCACAAUGUUGCUUUCAGGAAAUGGAGAAAAAAACGCGGAAUUACUGAGAGCUUUUCGGUUUCAAAUCCGUAAAAUGGUGGAAGGCAAAACCAAGUUGCCCAUAGUAAAUACAGUCUAUGGUCUGCAGGCUUCAAAGAGAGAAACAUACAACCAAACUUAAUCGUGAGUUAUGCUGGCGGCACAGCUUACGUGCAUUUUUCUGCAGACACACAUGAAUACUUUUAUGAACCAGGGUUUACCAAGGAAAAAGAUGACUCCAUGCACUGAGAGAAAAAGUGGAGAAACUGGUGAACAGCAGAGAUCCUGCUGUUACCUGGUGGUUUAGGUGUGAAAGUUACAAGCUAAUGCUCACAAAUAGUGAAAACUCCUGUGUGUCUGGAUCUUUGGGAACCUGAAUAUAGCAGCAGUUCGUAUGACGCUGCAGUCUGCAACCAUAGUCACCAACCAGAGUCCACUGCUGCACAGAACGCUUCAUGUUUCAACAUUCAUGAGUUCAAUCAGAAAACCAGAAAAGCUGAGUGGAAGAGAACCUUCAGGGUGAGAGUUUAGCUCUCUCUCUCUCUUUUUUUUAAGCAUAAUGACACAAUCCACAGUCCACAGGUACUGUGUGUUCCCCUGAUCAAAAUACUGGCUGUUCUCAUCAGCAUGCAAAGCUGAGAUGUAAAAUUAUAAAAAUUCACAAUAUAUCAGUGAAACGUACAACAUAGACUAAAUAAGCUGAUCCAUCUGCAUGUGUUAGAGUACAUCUGUGUGUAGACAAAACCACAUGAUCUCUCAUGGUAGCAUGUCAACUGUCCUGUUUGUGACUCAGUUUCUCACUAAAGGGCCGGAGCAGUGACAAAAAAAUUCCUAGUGACAUUUAACUCAUAUACAUAUAUACAUAUAUAUAUACAUAUAUAUAUAUAUAUAUGUAUAUAUAUAUAUAUAUGUAUAUAUAUAUAUAUAAUCCGACUUCAAAAAGACUGAGAUAUCCCUUUAAUAUAGUGACGUUUAUGGUUUGGGAUUGUGCUCAAGAUUUCUAUUCAUGUGUGUUUGUGUGACAUUCCCACUGUUGGUGUGUGUGUUUCAGGAGAAGGAGGAGGUGAACUCACAGAACAAAUACAGUCAUAACUUCUUUGGAGUUUAUUGCACCUGCAGUCGACCUUACCCUGAUCCAGACGACCAGGUGAGAAACACACAUACACGUACCUGUCCACCAGUGGUGCUUUGGUUCCUUUUUAACCUCUGCCUCUCUGUGAUUGGAUGAAAACGUGUCCAGGUGGAAGACGAGAUGAUACAGUGUGUGGUGUGUGAGGACUGGCUGCACGGCAGGGUGAGUCCAGCAACACACCUGUCACACCUGUCUGCUGUGGUGCCCCCUGCUGGUCUCACCUGUGUGUGUUUUUCCAGCACCUGGGCUCAGAGGUACCAGACUGUGUGGAGCUACAGGAGAUGAUCUGUGAGGCCUGCAUGAACAAAAACCUUUUCCUCUGGACCUAUGCAGCUCACCUGGCAGGUAAACUUAACUGUUCUUACCACACUGCUCUCUGCCAUCUGAUAUUUGUUCAUAGAUCAGUGUUAACUCUGGUUUUGCUGUCUUGUGCUGCCGUUACUUAAGAAUGACUUCUUUUGUGAAAUGUUAAGACAUGUGCUUCCUGUUCAGUUCCAGGUACAGAUGCGCAGCAGAAAGAGGAAACUGAAGCAGACAAGUCAAACACCAACAAAGAAGAAAAGGUGGGUAUAAAUCCAGCUGCUAGUCCAGGUGAGAACUAAACAGGUGCAUCUUAACAAUUGCCAAUAUUGUAUUGAGGGACAUUUCCCAUCAGUUACAGAGGGAAGUGGAAAUUCUGGAAACUUGAUUUUCAUGAGCUGUAAGCCAAAUAGUCUUGAAAUAAUGUGGAUUAUAUGAAAGUUUACCUUUCCAAAUUAAAGUACUGUAAAAAAACCCUCUAUUUUGAUUUGCUCAGAUACACCUGUAGAUAAUACUCAGAAGUAUAAUGAGCUACUUCAGGUCAAACUACAGAGACUUUUAGGUCAUUGAUUACAAGGAACAGCUGAUCAGUACCUGUGAACAGGUGUGUAUACUGCAGGUUGUCCAUGUGUAAUUUUGUUGAUCACCUUUUAAUAAUGAUCAGUUUGGUUUAUUGAUUACUCUUUGUGUGUAUCAGGACGAUGAUGUCGUCGAGCCCAGCUGUAAACGGAGCCGUGAGGAGGCGGAGCCGAGCUGCAGACUGAAGGAGUUGCAGGCUUUAGAUCAGAAAAGGGUCCAAUCAGGGGCUGUUUUCUGGCCCUCCGGCUGGCGCUCAAAACUCUGCACCUGCAUCACAUGCAAGGUAACGCUCACCUGACGGUUUGUGUUGGACAAAUGUUACCUUAACACACUUUAGGUUAGGUAUCCAGCAUCAGUCACCAUCCUGACCCUAGAGGUGCACCUGCUUCGUUUGACUUUGUAGACUUAGUCCCGCCCUCCCUGAGUAACACCGCAUCAUGGUCUCCCCGGUUUUGUUCUGUGUAUGUUCAGUCUGAGUGCCCCCUUUAAAAUAACAUGUUCAUGUUGUCAGGAGAGUCUGAGUGAAGCAGGAGUGUCCUUCCUGUCUGAUGAGUCGGACACUGUACUCGCCUACGAAAACAAAGGGAAGACCAAUGAACAGACGGCAAGAGGAAACGACCCUCUGAUGUCAGCGCUGGACAACCUUAACCGGGUUCAACAGCUGGAGAUCAUCCACGGUACUCAAACCACAAACACAACACAGAAACCUACAAGAACCACACGCAAAAUCACAACCACAACUCCAAAAACCUCCAGGAUGCUGUAAAAUGUUGAGAGAAACAGAUUUUGGUGGUUUAGGAAUAACUCAUAACGCUGAUGUUCCUCAUCGUAAAAUUACCAACAAUCAUCGUGAAUCAAAAAGUAAUAUUAAAAGACUCAGAGAGUCUAGAGAAAUUUUUAAUAAGGAAACAAGAACAACAAAGGGACACAGCCCAAAACCAGUACAAGAAGGCUUCGCUCUUCAGGCCCUCAGGCACCACUGCAAUAAAAACAGACAUGGCUCUGUAGUGGAAUUCACUACAUGGGCUCAAAAUCACUUUAAAAACUUUGCCUGUGAACCGAGUUUGUUGCUGCAUCCACAAAUGAAGCUUGUGAUCUUUCAGGAUACAAUGACAUGAAAACCGAACUGAAGGACUUCCUGCAGAGAUUUGCAGCAGAAGGAAAGGUGAGCAGAACAUCCAGUUACAUGUGACUGUUUUCUGAUUGGCUGGUAGGCUUACGCCUAAUGACUUGUGAUUAUCUGCUCUGUGAUUGGCUGAUAGGUUGUAACGCCUGAUGAUAUUCGCCAGUUCUUCGAGCAGCAGCAGAGUCGGAAGAGGCAGCGAGUGGAUGCCGGUGGCUUCUUCUCCACCUGAUGAACUUUGACCUCCUGUCCUGGUCCACGCCUGUUUUGUUGCUUUUUCGUCUGUUUCUUGUUGUUUUCUUUUGAAGAGUGUCGUGGUGGAUUUUUAAUGUCUUCUCAGUUUUCUUUUAGUCUCUCAGACUCCUUCUUUAAAGCUGUCUCUUUGUGUGUAGAGGUCAGUGUUUAGUGUUUGUGUCGUCCUCGUUUGUUUUUUAAUGAAAACUAAUAAAACUGAAUAAGCUGCAGAACCA